AUGUCCGGAAUUCCGGACGACCUCCUCUCGAGAUAUGAGGGCCUCGUGGUCCCUCGCUCUUUCAGCCCCGGGUUCAUAGCUCUGAGUUAUCUUGUCAGUUUCAUCGGGGCCGCUUGCACUCUCGAGCUCCUCAACCGGCGAACCUCGCACAAGGGAAAAUUCAACCAUCUGCUCUUGGUGACUUCAGCCGUUUCCAUGGGUGGUAUUGCUAUCUGGUGCAUGCACUUCAUCGGUAACCGCGCCAUCCACAUAGCCAACGGCGAACGCCAAUUGCAGAUUGCCUACUCCAGCAGCUUCACAGCCGUGUCCUUCUUCGUCCCCAUCGUGGUGUUGCUCGGGGCCUUCCUUGCCAUUGGCAUCAACAACAUCGUCUCUUGGUGGCGAGUCACAGCAGGUGGCGUCCUCGCCGGUGCCGCCAUCUGCGGGAUGCACUACCUGGGCGAAUAUUCCGUCUCGAAUUAUGACUGCAUCUACAGACUGUCCAAUGUCCUCGGUUCGGCCAUCAUCGCCGUGGCCGCCAGCAUCGUGUCUCUGGCUCUGUUCUUCGUCUUUCGCGCAACCUGGACGAACACGUGGUGGAAACGAGGCGCUUGUUCCGUUGUGCUGGCCGGCGCCGUGUCCGGUAUGCAUUGGUGCGCCGCCACGGGAACCGAAUACCGACUCAAGAGUCUCAAUCGUGAGACGGGGCUAUCGAGAGAUAUCACUGUCAUUGUGGUUAUCUGCCUGUCAGUAUGCGCCUGUUCAGUAAUGGCUGGCGUAGCGAUAUAUACGGCCCGCGUAAUGCGACGUUACGCGAGCAAGGCACAGCAGGUCGUGCUGGCAGCGGCAGUCUUCGACCAGCACGGCCGCAUCCUCGUGAACCCCGAGGGUUUGCUCCCCACCGAGAAGAUCACGGACAUGUUCGUCGAGCGAGACGCUACCGACACAUUUAGCACGGCCCACCCGCUCUUCCUCUGGAUGUUCCGAGUCACCCGAGACUGGACCAGCGUCUCGCCGUUUGUGGGUGGAAUGGCGAGCCACCUCGCAAGCUUGCCAACGACGGGCCGAGACAGGGAUUCCAACUUGGAGGUCCAGCUCAUCGACAAAGAGGGCGAGGUCAUUCCGCAGUAUGACACGGUGCUGAGGGAGCUGUUCUGUCUCGCGGCCGUCGGCCUCGCCGACAAGUUGAAGGAACAACUGAGUUCGGUUGGCGUGCUCUGGGAUGAGAUCUUGCCAACGGGAGGAGGCGCAAGAGGACCCGAGGCGAACGCGAGCGAGGCCGACGACCACGCGGAGAAAGGUCUGCAGCAGAGGCGGAAGCAGAACGAAGUAGGCCGGGGAUCCCUGAUGUUCCUAGUCCGCCAGCUGGAUAAUGAAAGGGUCAUUCAGCGCCUGGAGGCGGCGGGCUAUCGAUUCGCCGAACUUCGACAGGUCAGCGGCAUCAUCGGUUCCGGUAUGCAGAUCAAGUCCGGCGACGUCGAGUCGAAGCUGCGAAACAUGGCCGCAUACGCGAAGGGACCGAGAUACCUGGAACCGGGAGUGCACCUCGGGCUUUUUGGCAUCCAAGCUCGCGUUGGCCGGUACGGUUUCGACGUGCUGGUGCGAAAGGGCGCCCGCAACCUUCUUCCGAGCGUGCGGUUACCUCUCAGACGCGUCGAACAGUGGCAGAAGGAUAGUCUGAAGCAGCUGGACGGCACGUCUGUCUCCAUGCUCUCUUUGAGGUCGGAAGAGACCAAGGCGGCGACAAACCGGGAGGCCACCUUCAUUUUGCAGUUGUUGGACGGACUAAAUGAGAUGCGUGGGCUGAUCGAUGACCCUGUCUUCAACGAUGCCCUGCUGGUGUCCAGCGUAGUGACGGUGCCGACACCCAUCCAGGGCAGUGAAAGUUCACGCCAGUUGCCAAGCUACAUGAUCGUCUUCCGUCUCGUCGUCCCAAUCCAUGUCAAGUUUGAGGACUCAAGAUGCGAAUUUGUGCCGCUGAGCUUCUUCAAGACAUGCCAGUUUGUGGGGAACAGCACAAAUCACCAAUUGGCAUUUGCCCAGUCGGUGCACAGGGAUUUCUCACCCAUACUACAAUCCACGUGGUCCGGGAAGGGGAAACCUGGGGCACAGAAGAAAGGACGGGAAGCUGUCCUCUUUCGUCGGGUCGUUCCGACUCGUUUGCGCCGCUCCGAAAGGUCGAGAUUAUCCUAUCCCGUGGACGGAGAUGGGAACCCCAUCCCAACAACCCGUCGGGAGUCUUCAGCCAGCAAUUCGCAUGACACAGGAUCGACGUUGAAGCUGUGGACAAAUCGGCGGGGAAGCGAGCCCCAUUCAGUGGGCAGCUCCUUUGACACGCCGCCAGGAUAUACACAAAACGAGACGGCAACCAUGGUGACGAAUCGCGGAGGCAUCAUGGUUUCGGAGGAGAUCCGGGUUGAGGUUCAAGAUGCACAGGAGGACACGACAUCGCCGCCGCCAUCGGCAUCCGGAUCGGGCGAGCUCACAAGGACGCUGACUCGGAAAGAGAGCCGCGACGACGACGAGGGAACAGGCGGGGAGAUCACGCAUGUUGACAGCGGGUCAGUCGCAGCACCCGGGAGUCACGGUGGGGCUGACGGCGGGGCCGCCAUCGAGAUGAACCAGCUGUCACCCACGAUCGGUACAAUGAGGGACAAGGUCCAUACGGGGGUGGUGACGCAGGUGUCGAAUGUGCAGGCACUAGGAGUCUCAGACGCCGAGGCCAAGACGUUUGUGGAUGAGCUUUUCGCUGCCUGUAUCGAUCGUCGAUAA